UGGUACCCUUGUGGUUAAACUAUCCCAGUGCGUAUCAUUUUUUCAUGAAGUCCAAAAUAGCUUAGCUGUAACAAUAUCAUAUUUGUUACUUACUCUUUAGAAAUAAAGUUGAAAAAUAUACCGGCAACAUCAUGGAAAAGAAAACUAAAUCGAGAGAAAUACCAACCGUCUUAAGUAAAAUAUUAUCAAUAGAUGUGUACUUAACCAAUACCUUUGUAAAAAAAGCUGAACAUUUUUUACCUUUCAAACAAUUGAAGAUGCAUUACAAGGCUUUAGAGAUCUCUGCACAUACGAUUACAUGGUUAGCUGGAUGGUUAGCUUUCAUUUGGAUUUUAGGAAGUAAAAACUUGUAUCAAAUGCAAGUAAAUUUAUUCAUAGGCCUUUUACUGGAUAUCAUAUGUAUUGCUGUUUUAAAAGCUUUAACAAGAAGAAGAAGGCCAGCAAAAAAUGACGACCCUUUUGAAUUUGGUCCUGAUAAAUAUUCUUUUCCAUCAGGUCAUGCAUCUCGAUGUACAUUUAUUACGUAUUUUCUGCUCAAUUUAUGGCCUAUUUCUCCUAUUUUUAUUCCCUCCUUAUUAGCUUGGACGAUUUCCGUUUGUCUUUCUCGACUUCUCCUUAAGAGACAUCAUAUUCUAGACAUUUUAGGCGGUGUCGUACUCGGCAUUUUUGUAGGAUUAUGUGUUCAACUGAUUUAUUUAGAAGCUGAGACAUGCGCUGGUCUCAUUGCUUGGCUUACAGAUGAAAAACUUGAUGGUGGAGAAUAUCAUGUUUAAACUUAUAAUUGUUAUUUUGAUCUCGAAAAAAAUUGUGUGAAUUAUCAAAGAUAAGAAAAAAUUUAAAAGAUAAAGUAACUUGAAAAUUUUGUAAUCAUAGAUGAAAGAUUUUAUAUUAUAAUAAAAUGGUUUGUUAUUUAGUGAGUGAAAGAGAAUUAAAUAAUUAUAUUAAAUGGUUUCAAUACUCGUAAAAUUAGUAUACUCUAAAUGUUAGAAGCCAAUGAAAAUUUUAUUUUUUUAUUAAAAAAAAAAA